AUGAGCGACGCUAGGGUCUCGGACGCUCGAGCAUGGCCCAAUGCUCAAGUGUCUAUGUCGCAAUCCUCUUUAGCGAGCUCUCCAUCGAACCAGGGCACGUUACCGGGUCGAGCCGGACGGCCUGACUCCGCAUUACUGCAGGCGACGGCAGCGGCGACGGCAGCGUCGAAAUCACGUCCCCAACUCAAAGUUACUACAUCGCAAGCGAAUAUAGCUGCAGUGCAGCCUGGUCCUCGUCGUAUCUGGGUGAAAAGAGCCGGCAUGACCCCAACUAGUCUCCUGGUUGAGGCAGAUGAUCUCGUGGACGAUCUCAAAAUGAAGAUACUUGCCAAGUACCCCACAUCAUUGUUGCGAACCUGUGAUCCAGCAGAUCUGGUAGUUUCUAUCCCGGGAGAUAUAGCAAAGAUGCUUAGGACUCCCGUAAGCACCGCGUCGUUCGCUUCCCCGAGCGUGGCGCAACGCAAGCUAUCGUCUUCAUCAAAUUCGCGUCCCCGAGCGCAGUCGAUUACAACUGGCAAAACAUUCAAGUCGCCACUGGCUUCACCACAGUUGCCUUGUGCCAUCGAACUAGAGCCAGAUGAGUUGAUUGUGCCGCUCAUCGACAAAUACUUUCCUGAUGGAAUGUCCAUGUCUGAAGCACUGGAUAUUAGUCCAACUAGCAUACCAUCUGGUCAAAGUGGAACCUCUUCCUUAGCACCUGCUGGACCGCUUUCCCGCGCAGGCAGCUUGGCCACUCUGAGCAGGGCAAGAUGCCCCACCUCCAUGGCUCCGCCCCCUCUACUUUCCCAAACGCAAACGGCAGCAGCAGCAGCAGCAGCAGCCGCAAAGCCCAAACUCAUAUCCAGUCCCUCAUCCACUCAACUCGUAAAGCGGGCGGUUGGUUCACAGCCUGAGAAAAAACCCACUGACCAGGCUCAAAGCGCAGGUGCUAGUGGGGGUGUUUUGCUUUUGCCACGGCAGUUAACUCUUUCUAUGAAAAAAGAAGUAACUGCAGACUCAGAACCUGUUUCUCCAGCUCAUACCGAGACAAAGGACUCCGAGAAACAGGACGGAAGCAAAAAAGAAGACCAAAAGCAAGAGGGGUUGCUGGAGCUUCGCCAAAUGUACAAGAAACUCCCCUCUGCUCAGGCGAGCGUUGUAGUGCCCCAGGUGAAUGUUCUGAUUGUUGAAGACAACGAAAUCAAUCAGAAAAUUUUAGAAACGGCCCUACGACGGAACAAAGUGCGCUGCUCGAUUGCUAAGAACGGCCGUGACGCUGUAGCAAAGUGGAGAGAAGGCGGUUUCCAUAUUAUUUUAAUGGAUCUGCAAUUGCCAGUCAUGUCUGGACUGGAGGCAUCCAAAGAAAUCCGCCGACUCGAAACUGUCAAUCGUAUUGGUGCCUUUAGCGCGACGUCAGAUUCCAAAAACCCUCCAGCACAAGAACAAGACAAAAUCGAUCAUAAGCUGUUCAAGAGCCCGGUAAUUAUUGUAGCGCUGACUGCGUCCUCGAGCGCAGAAGAUCGCUCGGAAGCCUUGAGAGCUGGUUGCAACGAUUUCUUAACCAAGCCGGUAAACCUCGAGUGGCUCCAGCAAAAGCUACUUGAGUGGGGCUGCAUGCAGGCCCUCAUCGAUUUCGAGGGAUGGAAAAACUGGUACGUUUUGGAGUCUGGCACUCCUAAAGCCGGCAAUUCGCUCUUCCGCAAAACAGUCACUGCGCCCUCUGCUCCUAACGAGAUCCCGCGGCCUCAAUCUCCUCGCGCGCCCUCUGUCGGCAGGUCCGGACGCGCUCUCGAAAGGAACGCCCCUCGAUCUCGCUCUAGUUCUACACGUCGUAGUAAGUAG